AUGACCAAAUUCCGGCCAUGUAUUGACCUGCACUCGGGACAGGUUAAGCAGAUUGUUGGCGGCACGCUCAGCCAUGUCCCCGAAGACCUGAAAACAAACUACGUGUCGACCCUCCCCGCCAGUCACUAUGCGGAACUGUAUCAGAAGCAUGAUCUGCGCGGCGGGCAUGUCGUCAAGCUGGGUGGGGGCAAUGAGGAGGCUGCAUUGGAGGCCGUGAAGACAUGGCCCGGUGGAUUGCAGGUGGCUGGUGGAAUUACGGACAAGAAUGCGCAGUAUUGGAUUGAUCAGGGUGCCGAGAAGAUCAUCAUCACUUCUUUCCUGUUCCCUGCAGGCAAAUUCUCCCUCGAGCGUCUCGAGUCCGUCGUCGCUGCUCUGGGCGGCGACACAUCCAAGCUGGUCUUGGACCUAAGCUGUCGCCGAAAGGACAAUACCUGGUUUGUGGCCAUGGACCGCUGGCAAACCAUUACCGAUAUGGAAAUCAGCCAAGAAUCUAUUUCACUCUUGGAACCCUACUGUUCCGAGUUCUUGAUACAUGCUGCCGACGUGGAGGGUCUGCAGCAGGGCAUUGACGGUGAAUUGGUCUCGAAAUUAGCGGAAUGGUGCACAAUUCCCGUCACAUAUGCUGGCGGCGCACGCAGUCUCGAGGAUCUAGAGAAAGUGCACAGAAGCAGCCAGGGCAAGGUGGACUUGACGAUUGGCAGCGCACUGGAUAUCUUCGGGGGAUCCGGGGUGACCUUUGACGAAUGCAUUGAAUGGAAUAGAGAACAUUAG